AUGUCAGUAAAUACAACCAAGGUUUUUGAUGAUAAUUCUUUCUUGCCAAUUGUUUAUGAAGCCAACUUUACUGUUGACUUAGAAAUUUUUGAAGAGUUUAAAGCUUGGCUACAGGAACACCUUAGCACUACCUUGAAUACCAAAGCUGGUUUUCGUGACGCUGAAAUAUUUCAACGUGACCCGCAAAAGGAUGGUAGUGACGAAAUUAAGAAUCCUGAUCAAGUUCACAAGUAUAUUACUGUGCUAUUUGAAAUAGAUAAUAAAGAGAAUAUUGAUCAUUAUUUGAAAGAGGAGUCUUCUAAAGUCAAGGAAACCUUGGAAUCCAAAUUUAAGAAAUCGUCGGUAACUACUUCAUAUCGUAUUCUAUACCCUGUUUCGCUGUGGGCCAAAAGAAAAAGUUUGGAAAAAUCA